AUGACUCGUCUUAAAGUUCUUAUAGAUUCUGGAGGAUCAGAUACUGUGAUCUCACCGAAAGCUUCCAAAUUUUUCAAUCCAUCCCACAUAUACGAAAAACCUUUCACAUUAACUUCUUUGAAUCCAGAAGGAUUAGAUGAUAUAUUGUUUUAUUUUAAUAGUUGUGACACCUAUAUACAAUUUACCAUCGAAAAAGAGGACGGAGCUUACUCAGUCCCUUUCCUAGAUACAAGAGUCAUCAGAGAACCAAUUAGUAAUAAGUUGAAAAUAGAUUGGAAGAAGGUAUUCGGCAAGCAACAAGUUCUUAUACCAGCAACAGAUAUUAGUGAGAAAGAAAGUACUCAUACAGCAGCUGUUUCCCCAAAGACUUACAGCGAUUUACAAACGGUUCGGGAAGUGGAAUUUAAUCUAAAAUUACCAGACAUAAUUUAUGAGGAAGGAAGUAAUUCGGAUGGAUAUUCAAACAAGGAAAAUGAAAUAGGUGACGUAAGAGUAAUGGAUGAUAAUCAAAAUCAAGAAGAAGACCGACAGUCGGGUCGGAAAGAAUAUCGUCAAGAUUUAAAUUUUGUCAACAGAGAUAUUAAUGAAGAUAACAAUAUAGUAGAGAUGGAGCAAUCCGAUAAAGGAGAAAAUGAUGGGGAAAAGAAUGGCGUAAAAUCUAAAGAAAAAAAAUAUCAGGGCCGUCCAAAAAAAGGGAGAAAGAGAAAGUUCCCUAGUCAGAAUAGAGAAAUCCGCAAAAAACACUGCAUUCAAAAUAAAUCAUACUUUACACAAAAAGGAGAAAUGAAACUAAAAAAAGAGUUUCGUCAGUAUUUGUGCAAAUGCGACUGUCUAUCGAAAGUUGGCAUUGAAAAUGCUAAACAAGAAUACGACAAAUUUUAUGAAGUAAGUUCGCAUGAUGCUCAACGUGCCUUAAUUUGCGCCAUGGUUCAAGAAGGUCCAAUAAAAAGAAAAAGAAAACAAAAUUCUACUAAAAAAAUGCACUCCAGGGUGUACAAUAUUAAUGGCCACGUAGUUUGCAAAACAUUUCUGUUGCAAACCCUAAGAAUUUCGAGUGCAAAAGUGGAUAAUGCCUUAAAAUCAAAAAAAAAAGGAUAG